AACUUUUUCAGUACGGGAGUAAAAGUCGGCAAGUAAAGAUCUCUAAGCGAAAAAUCACAAGAAGAAAAGCCGAACGUGUGAAGUGUGUUAGCAAUCGGUAAUUGAUUGAAGAAAAAGUGAUCAAUUGGCUGAAAUAUUUGAGACGAAAAUGGCAGCUGUACCAGAACCCGUGAAAAAAUGCGCCACCAUGCUGAAGGCAACAAAGAGUGAUUCAGAAAAGUUUGCAGCACUCUUCAUGGUCACCAAAUUGGUUAAGGGCAAAGAAUGCAAUUCGGAGGCCAAAAAGCUGCUGUUCGAGGCCAUUGGCUUCAAUUUCCUCAAGAAGUUAUUGAAUGGCAAAGAUUUGCCCAACGAUUGCCCACCGCUGGUGUACAAAAGUGUGGCCCUGUCCAUACUCACAUGUUUCUGUCAGGAAGCCGAGUUGGCCACCCACAAAGAUUUAUUGGAUGUCAUACCCACCCUGCUGGAGAUUGUGGAGCAAGCCGAUGAUGAUGACUGUGAUGACAAUCUGAUUGUGGUCAGCGAGGCCUAUAGCUGUUUGAAAUUCAUCGCCGAACAUGAACCUGGACAAAAUGCUCUGAUGACCAUGGGAGCCAUACCCAAGAUGUCUCAGAUUUAUUCGGCCCAAAGUUUCCAAACCGAUGAGGCCUUGCAUUUAAUAGUGUUGUUGGUAAAGAAGUUUGGCAAAGCCUCUUGGACAGAUGAUCCCAAGCCUUUCCAUGCCUUGAUUCAACGCAUUGCCCUGGACAUGGAGACGGAACACAGUGAGCGAAAAUAUGAAUUGUGCAAAAUCUUGUCGGCCAUUUUGAAGACUUGUAAGCGUGAGAUUAUCUACAACUCCCUGGAGGGGGAGAUUUGGCCGGAGAGCUUGUUCAAGGGAUGCAGCGAUAUUUUGAAAAGUAAAAUUGGUCCCAAGCAACGUGAUCCCACUCUUCAUUUGAUAUCCACCAUUCUUCAGGUCUUGGGCAUUCAAUGGGCCUUCAUGUGUGAUGAAAAGCAGUUCUAUUUGCUCAUCUUGCAAAUGGCAGCCAUUGAGGUGAGAAUGCAGAUGGAUGAGAAGAAAUUGGAGGCCACUUUCCGCAAUGCCCCUCUCAUACAAUGUUGCUUCAUUAUCUUGGAGCAUUGCAUCGAAUACAUGGGCAAGGAUCAGCUGGAUUUGGAUGCCAAAGAGAAACAGACUACCUAUACCGCUCUCAAGUUUGCCUUCAAUCAGGUAUUGGCAGUUUUGACACGUGUCUCCAACGAUAAGAUCAAGGAUAGCACCAAUCCCAGUGAGCGAAAUUUCAUCAAAUUCACUGUUCGUGUUUUGUCCGCCUGGUUGGCCCAAGAGACCACCGCCAUGAGACCCGCCAUCUACAAGCUUUUGCCCUUCAUGUUCAAGAUUACCAAUGAGUCCUUCAAUGAUCUCAAAGAGUGGCGGGCAGGACCCAAAGACACCGAGGCCCCUGUGGAUAUUUUGCGUGUCAUGUUGCCCGCCCUGUGCCACUUGGUGGUGGAAGAUGAGGCCCGCAAGGUGAUUUUCAGCACCAAGCAAGAUGAGGUCUUCUUGCAGCAGAUAGAGUUCUACUUCAGCAUAGCCCACUACAAGCGCCCUCCCAUUCCCAGGGCCGAACGAUUGAAGCGCAUGAAUGAACCGGAUCCCAAACCCACUGUCGAGCAAUUAGCCGAAAUGAAAGUGGCUAGGGGAGCCAUCUGCGCCCUGUGCAACAUUCUGAUGAAUCUGACGGUAUUGGAACCCAAGUUGGCCGAAGAUGGUCCCGUAUUUGCCAGCAUUUUCAAAUUUGUCUAUGAAAAUUUGCCCGAACUUAAGGAUACUCCCGAUAAUCUGGUUAUGCAUGGCAACUUGGCAGUUCUGGGCUUGCUGUUGCUGAAGCAACAAUCCAAGAAAGUAAAACAGAAUGACUUUUCCAUUUGUCGCUACAUCACGGCCACCAUUCGUUUUCUAUGGGAUGCCUAUAACAUCGAUGAGUCCAAUGAUCCCACAGCCUUGGUGGUGUCCAUAGCCUACAAGGAGCACUGGAUGGAAUUAUCAGAGCUGUGGUUUUUGGGUAUGCAGACCAUAUGUGGUGUUCUACCUUCGGUGCCAUGGAUUUCCGAAUUUGCCAUCGAGUCUGGCUGGGCUGAGGGCAUAGUGCAGACCUUGAAGCGUGUUAAAAUUGGUACCCUUCCCGCCAAUGUCAAGUCGGCCUAUGAAGACUUUUUAUCCCAACUGGUCGAUGUCAACUCCACGGUGGCCGCUGUCUUGAAGAAAGCCGAUGCCUUGAGGGUGUGCCGUAAUCAUCGCAUGAUGGAAUUGGGCAAAAGACUUUUCGGUGACUAAACAACCACAACUCGCAACAUGGGAAGGGGAGGGCCCCUAUGUCUUGUAGCAUCUGAGUAUGAGAAUGUAUGAAGAAACACUCACGUUUUUCAUGUUAAAAUUAAGUUAAAAAUAAUUUUGUUUUUCUAUUCUAUCAUUUUUGUAAUGCUCCAUUCAAAUUGAAUCACUUUCUUUUCAUAACAUUUCAACGAUAACACACCAGAACAACUGUUUAACCAAGCUGAAGAAAAAAAAAAUAAAAACACUGAA